AUGGCCAAGAGCAAGAAGCAAGUGCGCGAAUUCCAAGCCGCCAAGGAGGCUGCCGAGGCCACAGUCGCCCGGCUGGUCACCUGCAACGAUGCCUACACGAGCGGAGCCUUCAAAUACCUGCGCUUUCUGCUGCACCUGCUGGCCGCAGCUCAAUUCUCCUACGGCAUUUACUACCACUACUUCCGGGUGCACUGGCCCAAGGACUUGGUGGAGGAGGACGAGGUGGCCGAACUGAAGGCCCGAUGGGGUGGCAAAUUCAAAUACCUCACCUUCCUGGACGUCAUCCUGCAGGCCAUUUACCACACACUGGCCCUGCUCAACGAUCUCUUUGGCGACAACACAGUCACCGCCGAGCCAAAGUCCAAGCUGAGAUCUCUGCGGGAUUACAUCUUUGCGGCCUUUGCCUUUCCAGUGGCCCACAAUGUUUGCCUGUCGUUCUGGGUCGUCUACAUGUGGGACCGUGAGCUCAUCUUUCCCUCGGCCCUGGAUGCAAUUUUUCCCAGCUGGCUGAACCACGUGGUGCACACCAAUGUGGCUCUUAUGGCCAUUAUGGACUUGUUCACCUGCUUCCGUCGCUACCCCAGCCGCCUGGCCGGCCUCGCGGGCAACUUCUCCUUCAUCCUGCUGUACAUCAUCUGGCUGCACAUUGUGCGUUACUUCAGUGGCGAGUGGGUCUAUCCGAUUCUGGAGGUGUUGCCCCUGCCGCUGCGCUACCUAUUCCUUGCCCUGCUGGUGGGCUUCAACCUGGCGUGCUAUCUGCUCGGGGAGUAUGCCAACACGGUGAUCUGGGGCCCAGAGUUCAAGCUGCUCAAGCAGCAGAAGAGCAAACAGGGCUAG